UAAUUAUACAAAAUUUGAAUAGGUUCUGUGGUUAAUCACAGAUUACGUUGACACGUGCCCGUUGCGGUCCAACAUUGGUCCGCUAGUGUGUUGGACUUUAUCAUGAGAUAAUGAGAGAUAAACUAAAUAGAAGAUAUAGGAAGUAAAUAUGGCAGAGAAAUAUCGUGUACCGGACAGACCAGGAGAUUUGCCCCCACCGUACUCGGCGGUUGAUCCAAGUAAUCUAAACCCAAUACGGCCAACCCUGGUAGUAGACGCUAACUCCAAUGUGUUUCAUAAAGGAGCCCGCUUUAAUGAAUUUGCCAAGCCAAUUAUUCCGCCCCCACCUCCCGGCUGUCCGCCAAAUCAUUUUCAACAGAUGCAGAUGGAGAAAGGACAGUUCAAUGUAGUCCUCAGUGAUGGUGGAACACCCCCGGUGCAGAACAAAUAUGGAACGUUCUGAGUGACAAUAAUAAUAUUGACUGUGCCAGAUGUCACCAUUUGCAAACACUUCAGUUGCAAUAAAUUCAUAAAUGUAUUUUAAUGAAAUAGUAUCAAAAUUGA